AUGGAAGUCCAUCACACUGUGAUCUUCUUCUUCUUCCUCUCUCUGCAGAAUGAAAACUUUGGUGUCAUUAGUGCAGAAGCAGUAACUUUCUACACAGUAUUUGAAGGAGAAAAUGUGGAAGUCGAAUGCUCGACUUCUCAAGAAACAACUAGAAAGUUUUUCUGCAGAGAAGAAUGUAGACAGGAGGACAUCAUCAUAAAAACAUCUCGUGUCAGUGCUCAAGAAGACAGAUUCAGCAUUGAAUGGAAGAAGAGACAAAAAACUCGAUCCGGAGAUGUUUCUGUGAAAAUCUCACAGCUGACCAAGUCUGACUCCGGACGCUACAGGUGUGGUCUCGGUUCAUCUUUAUCAUCAGCUUCAUACACGGACAUUGAAAUCAUCGUUGUAGACGUACUGCUGGAAGGAAACAGAAGAGAACCUGUCAGAGCAACAACUGGAGGGAAUUUCACAGCAGAAUGCUUCUUCUUUUCAACUCUCGAUUUGAGAAGUGCAUUCUUCUGCAAGGACAGAUGUUUGGACAAUUUAAUUGAAACAACUGAUAAAACAGUGCAGACUGGCAGAUAUUCCAUCAGAUAUGUACAAUUUGAAACUGGAGGAUCUGUGUAUGUGAGCAUUUCACAGCUGACCCAGUCUGACUCAGGACGGUACACAUGUGGUCUGACAAUAUAUGGGUUCCGUGAACUUUCGUACACAUUCGAGGUCUUUGUCGCAGACGUCCCAACAACACCAAAACGUAAUUUAAUACCCUCAACAUCAGUCCCUUUAGCAGCGACAACACCGAGCAACCAUGGAGCUGAGAUCCCGAUACCCACCAAGCAGUCUGGAACAACAAGAACAACAGAAAUGUUGCUGUACGCAGGACUGACCCUGGUCGCCCUGGUUGUCCUGUUAUCUCUCGUUACGAUUAUAUUCUGCAGGAGGAAGUUUUCAAAACCAAAGGAAACUCCAAUGGAAACAGAGUUCACAUCUGUCACAGAGACCAACCGAGCGUAUGAGGACCUGAGGGAGGACAAACGGAGAGGAUCCCUUCCUUACGAACACGCCGUGCACUCCAAACCGAAUGGAGUAGAAAUCGACCAUGAAUACAGCACUGUCACUAGAGCCAGGUCUCAUCAUGCAGCUGAAGAUGACUCUGGUAACAUCACCUACUCUGAGUUGAAUUUUACCAAUGCUACGACCGCCUCGCUCAACAUCGCCCCCAGUGGACGAUCUGACAAUGUCAUCUACUCAUCACCUCGAGAGAUGUGAGCUCUGAUGUGAGCGAUGCCCAAGAUGAUUGGCCGUAAGAGGUGACAUAUUCUCCUCCUCUUCUUCUUCAGUGUCAAUAAGUCUCAGAGCUCCUCAAAACAUGUGUGUGAAG